AUGUACCUGUUCAUCGCUCGCUCUGGCAUCGAAGGCCUUCAGGCGCCCGUGGGGGUCACGAGCCACGCGAACCCGACAAGUGGUGGCCGAUACGUCCAUCAGGAAGCUCGCGCAAUGCCUGGAAGUUGGCCUACCCUUCGACCUCCGGCGAAGAAGGGUUGCAGCGCCGCUGCUCGUUUCGGGAAACCCGGCCUCCUUGAGUUCGCGAAAGCUAAUCGUUGCGGGUGGACCCCAGCGACUUGUGCUCAGGCCACCGGGAGUGGACACCUUGGGAUCCUCAAAAGGCUUCGAGCACGGGGCUGCGGCUGGGAUGAAGAAACACGCCGGCAGGCUGCCAUAGGGGGUCACCUCAAGGUCCUGAAAUGGGCGAGGGCGCCAAGCGCAAACUGGUUGGGGUAGUGGAUGGGCUCGAACGCGUGCCGUUAUAUAAUUAUCGUAUAGAAUCCUCGACGGAUUCUCCAAACGGAUUCUUACUUUUGCUCACAUGGAUUGACAUUUCUCAGCACACACAGACCCCACAGCAGUCACCACUAGCUUCAAAGACGCCUACAGGUGUGGUGCGUACAGCCUUCAAGUUCUGGUGACGACCCGACAAUCGUGGAGGGAGAACUCUGUGGUGAUGUGGUGA